CGUUGUUUUGUGAAUCCAGAUCAGAUUUUUCAUUUAUAAAUACACCCUCUAGGGUUAGGGCUCCUCAUACCCGUGGCCAUCACUGAGGUUUGCAGGUAGAGAAUUUGAAGAGUAAUGUGCAAUGAAGAAGCGUCAAGUGGCUGUGAAAAGAGAAGAGCCAGCGAGAAGCUCAAACAAUUCAACUCUGAGAACUGUGACGACUGUGACAUAUGGUGAAUGCCAGAAGAAUCUAGCCCUUCAUAUCGGAGGAUAUGCUCUGGAUGGUUGUGGGGAAUUCAUGGCUAAUGGGGCUGAAGGAACUGCUGCUGCUAUGACUUGUGCUGCCUGUGGUUGCCACAAGAACUUUCAUAGGAGGGCGGUUCACAUACAGAUUGUCUGUAACUGUUCUUCCCUUCCCACCACCAGUGGAUCUUCGAGAGUAUGAUUUGUUCUAUAGUUGAACAAUCAUAUAUCCAAACCCUUAUCAUAUAUAUGUAUUUUAUGUCUGCAUUUGCUUUUGCUGGUUUAGUUGUUGUCAUGAACAUGUAACCAUGAAAUCUAUAGUAGUAUGUGGUUUCGUGAGUGCUGUUUACAAGGGACAAAAGCAAAAUUAAUAAAAAGUUGUUCAUUUUCUUUUCA